AUGGUCCUCCUCCAGCUCACCUCCGCACUCCACACCCGCCUCGAAGCGCUCGCCUCGCGCCUCCCCCUCGAGCUGAGGGCCCGCGUCGCCUCGCACCUCGACCUCGUCGACGACCGACCCGGCGCUCAAGCCGCAGACGGCACCGGCAGCCUCGACGGCAGCCCCCUUUCGUCCGCCGACGCGCCGUUCCGCACCAUCCCGCACGACCUGCUCGUCGCCGUCUCGACCUGGGCCAAGGACGCCAACCUCGACGACAGAAACGACUAUCGCCUCGCGAGCCUGCUCCGCCUCACCGACGUGCACGCCCCGCCGCCAGCGCCUCGGGUCAAGUCCUCCGAGCUCCUCGCCAUCCUCUCGUCGAUCCAGCUCUCGCAAGACCGCCUCGCCUACGCCUCUCUCACGUCCCUCCUCCCCGCACCGCACCCUUGGCUCGUCCCGCUCCACGCCGCGGCGGGAGCCCACGACGGGCGACUCAAGAGCCCCGCCGAGGAGUGGACCGAGAUCAGGAGGGAGCUCGGCGCCGUCGUCAACGUCGCGGCGAGCAUGGCGGCUGUCGCGAGUGCCGUGUGGUGGGUCAGCUUCGGGUUCAGCUACCUCGAGCGCAUCGCCCUCUCGUUCCUCGGCGCGCUCGCCAUCGCCGCCGUCGAGGCGUUUCUCUACUACCGCUUCUUCACGCGCGCAUCGCGCGCAGAGCCGGCUCCCUCGCCUCGGCCGGGCGCCCGAGCGCCGUCGGCAAGGGCCGGGGGAGCGGGGCGAGGCGCGGGCGAGGCGCGCAGGGUCGGUGCGGCGGGCAGCAAGGGCGCCAAGCAGCAGUGA